AUGCCAGGUCCAGUAACUACAGUGGAGGAUCCUGCGAUUGACUGGUUCAAAUUCGCAUAUGUUCAAUAUGUUGCUUUCCCUGAAUAUCUGUGUAGUGCUCUUAUGCUCUGGUCGCAAGUCGAAACAAUCGGUAGUCGUGCUCAACGAUUAAUGUUAUAUCCAUCGCAUUGGAAUGUUGAAGAAAUCGAUACGACUCUUCCUUCCAAGCCUCUCACACCGAUUGCCAGAUUAUUGAAACAAGCACAAACCGAUUACUACGUCAAAUUACAACCGGUGGAUGUUCUGCAUCAGAAUCAUACGGAACAGACAACAUGGGCAGGUUCAUAUACCAAACUUCUCGCAUUCAAUCUCACGCAAUAUGAUCGAGUUUUACAUCUGGAUUCGGAUGCGAAUUAUAUUCGGAAUAUGGAUGAAUUGUUUCUAUUACCAUCUGCUCCGGUCGCCAUGCCAUAUACUUAUUUCGGUCCGCCAACCAAUUGGGCAUAUUCCUCUCAUUUGUUAUUAUUACAUCCUUCCACCAACCUAUUCCAAAGAAUCGAAUCGGCAGUACAACAUGCGGGACCAAAUGAGAACGAUAUGGAUAUAUUGAAUACAAUGUUUUCACCUAAUAUAUUAGCAAUUCCAUCUCGUCCUUACGAUCUUCUCUCGGGAGAACUCCGUCGCAAAUCCCAUCAAGAAUAUUUGGGCAAUUUGAAAGAUACUUGGGACGCGGAAAAGGCUUUGGCAGAAGCAAAAUAUAUGCAUUUUUCAGAUUGGCCAAUACCAAAACCUUGGAUUCAAGCGACGAAAGAAGAAUUGAAUAGAUAUAUGCCGGAUUGUGUUGCGAGUGAAUGGUUUGGAGCCACGGAUUGUAGGGAUAGAACCAUUUGGUUGGGUUUAUAUGGAAUGUUUGCUAGGAGAAGGAAAGAAGUUUGUGGAAUUGGAUUUGAAUUACAACAAAGAGUGAUGAUUGGAGAUGGGGAGGAUAAGGGGUUGAGUGGUGAUGUGGUUAAUUGA